GCCUUUUUGUGCAGCGCUGUCGGGUGGCUGACGGUUGGCGUGCGGACUUGACUGCGAUACCGGUUUAGUCGCUCGUGAGACUUUGUCAUAAGCAUAUUAUUUACCACGCAGAACGUUGUGUUGCCCAACUCCGUGGUGUUGGUGCGUCCUCGUGCAAUCGUUUGCCGUCGUUAUUGUCUCUGAUCCCAACGUUCGGUGCGGAUUUUUUGGUGAAUAAAAUAUGUACGGAAACGAGUGCGUUUGACAAAUGUGCAUUUAUUGGAACACAAAUUAGAAAGCAUAUUUAUAGUGUGCGUAUGCGAGUGUGUACGCGGGAACGUAAUGCCGUUAGCUGUAGUGCAUUACGGACAACGGCAGCGGAACUGAAGAAACAUAUUAACGAAGUGGAAGUAUUGUAAUUUGUUUUGAAUUUUGAGUUAUGUAAUGAAAUUCAGAAACCCAAAACUAAGAAAAAAGUAGGAGCUGACUUGAAAUUCGGCACAGAAAUUCUCCUGCUGUGUGAGGUGUCUUAAAGCAGGCAAGUUGUUGUUGUGCAUAUUGUGCGCGUAUUAAAAAUGCACCGUCGCUUUGAACAACAACAAAAGCAGAGAGAUAAAUAUCCGAACCUUGAAAACAAAUAUAAAAUUCUUUGUGAUUUUGUCUAAAUUGAAUUUUUGAAAACUUAAAAAAUAUUAAAGAAUAAAGAAAGAAUAUUUUAUAAUGUGAAUAAAUGUACUACAACAAAAUUUAAAUAAAAUCAGGCCCUUAAGGAUUUGCAAAACAAUCAAAUAAGUGAAAACUAUGCCAAAGCGCCGUUUGGAAGUGCCUUAAAAUAGCAAACAAAAUAAAAAAAUAAAACCAAAAUUUUAAAAAUAAUAACAAAUAUUAAAAAACAAAAUUUAAGAAAUAGAAAUAUAAUAAAAAAAUACAUGAAAAUCAAAAAAUAAAAUUAAAAUAUAAAAUUUAAAAAUAUAUAAAAAAUAAGUUAAAAAAAACUUCAAUAUUAAUUUAACAAUUUGCUCAAACGGAGACUCACCGCUUCGCCUGUCGGUAUUUUGAUUUGCACGAAAAAUAAUUAAAUCGGACAGCAGAAAAAAAUAAUACAUAAAUUAAAAACAAGUAUCCAAACAGCUAGCUAAAGAUCAAAUAUUUAAAGAAUAUACAAAAAUAAAAUAUUUUAAAUAUUCAAAAAAAAUAAAAAUUAAUGCAAAAUUAGCUGCUGUCUUCUGAAAAUAUAUAAAAACAAAAACACUUAGCUUCAAAUAAAAAAAAAAACAUAAUAAUAAUAUUAAAUAAGUUGUAUACCAAAAUAAAACAACAAAUUUCCAAACGCUUCAAAAUCACUAUAUAUUUACUGCGUCGCGUCCUCCGUCGCUUAAAUUAUUUCAAUUUCCUCUUCGUUUCACCUGCGCCGUCAAACCACAAUUAAUGCCAAAUUCCAAUAUUAAUUUUGUGCUCAACAUUCGCUUUAGUUACAUUCUACGUUGUGCCCUUGCCAACAUAAUACAACAAACGCAACAACAAUAAUAAUUAUAAUAUUAAUAGAUAACGGUGAUUUAGUGUCGCGCUGCUAUUCAAUGUUGUCAUAGUGUUUGAGUGUGUGUGUGUGUGUGUGUGCUUUAAAACUGCAUUCUUAAUCCAUAAAUUCAUUCAUUAUCUAUCAGCAAGACGCCCGCUUUAAGCUUAAUAUAUGGUAAUGGCAGAGAUUGGUGGCCAUUUGGCUCACCAGCUACCAAGUUUGCACAAUCACACACAAAGUGGAUUACAACCGUCGCUGGUGAUGAAUCAUCACCUGGAAUUGGAUUGCCAUGGACAUGAUGUGAUAAAAAAACAACGCUUAUCCCUUUGCGUGGGCUGUGGCGGUCAAAUUCACGAUCAGUACAUUUUGCGUGUUGCCCCCGAUCUGGAAUGGCAUGCGGCAUGCCUCAAGUGUCAGGAAUGCCGACAAUUUCUGGACGAAAGCUGUACGUGUUUUGUGCGUGACGGCAAGACGUACUGUAAACGUGAUUAUGUUAGGUUAUUUGGUACAAAAUGUGAUAAAUGCGGCAGCUCAUUUAGUAAAAAUGACUUUGUGAUGCGCGCAAAAACGAAAAUUUUUCAUAUUGAAUGCUUUCGUUGCUCAGCGUGUGCGAGACAGCUGCUGCCAGGCGAUGAGUUUGCGUUACGAGAUGGCGGCAUUUUAUAUUGUAAAGAAGAUCAUGAUGUUCUAGAGAAAUCCUCACAAAGUAGUCUAACGUCAUCAUCCAUAGAGAGCAACAACAAUAAUAGUAGUAGUAAUAAUAAUAACACGAGUCUUAGUAAUAAUAAUCAUUCCAGCGAGUUGGGUUCAAUGUCAGAUUCUGGUAGUGAAUCAGGCUCACAUAAAAGUAUUAGGGAAAAAAGACCUUCGGGUCCAUCGGACGGUAAACCGACACGGGUGCGAACGGUCUUGAAUGAGAAGCAACUACACACGUUAAGAACCUGCUACAAUGCUAAUCCGCGACCUGAUGCGCUCAUGAAGGAGCAGCUGGUGGAGAUGACUGGUCUAUCGCCACGCGUCAUACGAGUCUGGUUUCAGAACAAACGCUGCAAAGACAAGAAGAAAACCAUACAAAUGAAACUGCAAAUGCAACAGGAGAAGGAGGGACGAAAGCUCGGAUAUGGCGCCAUGCAGGGCAUACCGAUGAUAGCGAGUUCGCCGGUGCGCCACGAUUCGCCCUUAAAUUUGCAGGGCAUCGAUGUGCAAACAUAUCAGCCGCCAUGGAAGGCCUUAUCCGACUUCGCGCUGCAUGCGGACUUGGACAGCAACGGUGCGAUCAAUACGCACACGCCCGCGUUCCAGCAACUCGUCAAUCAGAUGCAUGGUUACGAUCUCAAUGGUAUGCCACCGUUGCCGCCGCAUCAACAGCAAGGACCACAUCCGCCACCGCCCGGUCAGCAAAUGAACGGACCACCCAUUGGUAGCAUGGACUCGGGCAUUACAUCACAUCAUCACCCGGACAGCACUGACUCAUAUGUGACCUAUCUGGAGAGCGAUGACAAGUCCAAACUGGCUUUGACACCAACAUCGUCAAUGUCUUUGUCAAUGUCAUCAUCCUCAUCGCUAUCAUCCGCAUCGACAUCGGCGGCCAACUCAAUCGCUUCGCCACCAUCAGCCUCGAACACAGUCGGUGCACUUUUAGGUAGUGGCUCGGCAGCUGGCGCUAUUGGCGGUCUUGGUGUCGGCGGUGUUAUAGCAGCGGCUUGUGCGCUUAACAGCGGGCUCGGUCUAGGAGGCAUGGCAGUGGGUGGCGGUGGUGGUGUUGUUGGCAGUCUUGGUGUUGGCAACACGGCGAGCUGUGGCCAAGCGCAAUCGGCCACGGAGCAGUUGAUGCAAAUGUUACAAAAGGUGACGGCUUCGCCAACGCACGCGGUGCUAUGAAGGAUGUACGAGGAGUUCUGCCGUCAAGCCGGAACUCAGUGAUGCGCGUGCAAAGGGGCAAAUGUGCAAUUUUUCAAGCAGGGAGGAGGAGCAGUUGGUAUGCGGCGGAUGUAGGAAACACUUAAACAUAGUAUGUGUUUGUGUAUGGCUAGUAGCCAAUGCGAUUAGCGCCUCACGAGAAAAAUUUUGUUCACGUGUCACCACUAAAGCUCUCAUAAUGAAAGCUUCAAGUCGCUAAAGAGUCAAAAAGCUGCAGCGUUGGCAUAUUGUAAAGCAAUUUGCUGAAAUUUCAACUACACAAAUUAAUAACGGUUCGCGAGAAAUUUUUUUUAUAAAUCUAAAUUACGCUUACCGUUAUUUUCAGAUGAAAUUUUAGCGCAGUGUAUUACAAAAUCUCAAUGCUGUGUCACUAAUUUAAGUAUGGUUACUUUCACUUAUUAAUUGUUGUAUUAUUUUUGCAAAAUUUUAAAGUUUCAUUAAAAAAAAAAUUAAUAAAAUUCAAGGGAAUAGUUUAAAAACUUUCAAAGAAAAUUUGCACGUAGGCAUUCAAAAAUGGCUGCAAAUGCAAACGGAAAUGCUCACUCACUUAAAAAGUUCUUUUAUCAAAGGAAAAAAUGAUUAAUGCUUAAAAAUUAAAUAAUUAUUAUUAAUGUAAUUAUUAAAAAAUAAAAUAAAGCUGCAACUAAAACCAAAAGCAAAAUAAAUACUUAUAGGGAAUUAAAAGUUUGUAAAAGUAUGAGAAUUCAUAUAUCCUAAAUAACUGUAUAUACUUAUGUAAGUACUUAAUGCAUAAAUUUAGAAAGGACAUAAUUAAACAAAAAUUUAUGAUAAUUAAAUUUCUAGUUAAACUAAAGAAUAAUAAAUAAAAGUAAAAACUAAAAUUAAUUACAGAAUAGAGCCAUAAAAAAUUAAAUAAUUUGAGAAAAAACACAUCUUGUAAAAAUGCAACCCUGUAAAACAGCAAGAAGCGUUAUGUUAUGCAAAAUUGCGGUAAAAACAUGUUUGUAUGUGUAUGUAUUUGGGCUUAAAAUGUUUGCGCCUUUUACAUUUCGAAAUUAGUUUGGUGAAUUAAAAAUAACAAAAAAAUUAAAAAAAUAUAUUUUUAUGUAAUGCUGCGUUUUCACGUUUUUCGAAAUUAAUUUUUACAAAUUAACAAGCAAACUUUCACUUUUUUUGGGAUUCAAAAAGUUUAAAAAAUUAUAGCUUUGC